GUGUCACAGUGAUUGUGAAACCCAGGAGAGAGAACGAGUGUGGGCCCUGUGAGGGUGGAGGAAGAGUGGAGAGAUAGUGACCACUCAUCCAUCAGUGGCCUGAAGCAGGGCUGUUUAUAAAUACUGCUCUGCUGGGAAUGUCCUAAUGAGCACCCUCAUUCACACACUGCAGUCUUCUCUUCCACUUUCUUCAGCUCAUAAAGGCAUGUGGCCUAUCUGCCCUGCUCCUAAUGGUAUAUUAAACGUUCUUCCUGACUCUCACAGUGCUGGAUGUCAGAGGCUGGACCGCUGUCCACAUUACUAAUGUAAGGGGAGUCAAAUCAAGAGAAUAUCGUGAGAGUCAACACAGAGAACAUCAGAGUUGGUCUCUGGAGUGUGUGCGUUUUUUCCAUCAGCCGUGCAGAUGAGAGAGUGGACAGACCCUGAGAUGGGCAUGGUGACCGGAGGCUACAUCUCUGCCCUCGAUGCCUACGGCACCACAGAGCCUCUCCAGUAUUAUGACUUGCUGGUCGAUCCACUGGGAUACCCGUACCAGGACCCUGAGCUGCAGUCUCUUCCCUAUGGCCAGCAGCACUACAGCCCGGCUAACGUGCAGUUCUCUGUGUACGGCCCACCGAGCUUACAGCCAUGCAACCCACCCUACCCCUACAGCUCUCAGGUCCCCGAGCUUCCCUGUGGUGGAAGCAUGGAGCUCCAUGACCAGGCGAGAGGAAGUGUGAGUGGGACGUCCCUCACGAAGAGGCCCCGGCUGGGGCCAGGGGCCCGCAUGAAGGGCCAAGAUGAACUGUGCGUGGUGUGCGGAGACAAAGCUUCAGGAUAUCACUACAAUGCUCUCACCUGUGAAGGCUGCAAAGGUUUCUUCAGGCGCAGCGUGACGAAGAAGGCCGUGUACCGUUGCAAGAGCGGUGGUGCCUGCGAGAUGGACAUGUACAUGCGCCGCAAGUGCCAGGACUGCCGCCUGCGCAAGUGCCGCGCCGUGGGAAUGCUGGCCGAGUGCCUCCUGACUGAAGUACAGUGCCAGUCGAAGAGGUUGAGGAAGGGGGCCAAGCACCGAGAGGAUGCACUCUCAGGUCUUUCCCCUGAGGAUGAAGACAACGUCGAAGGCAGAAAUGUGUCAUCCACUAGCAGGCUGCCUGCAUCAGCACGGGUAUCUGUGGGACUGUCCAGGGAGCAGAGGUGCGUUCUGAACAGAAUUGUAGAAGCUUAUCGCCGGUACAGAGCUCAAGACAAUGUGCAUUACCGGGUGCCCCAGUGGCCGGAUGUGGAGGAAGGCAGAGAACAUUUAUCUGACUUAACUCCUCCACAGAUGGAAAGGCUCCUGCAGUUUUCCAAAAGCAUACCUGGGUUUGAGCUCUUGGACACUGCUGACCAGAGCAUUCUUCUCUCCAGCUCCUCAGUGGAGGUCAUGUUCCUCCUUGCUGCUCAGCAGUUUGCUGAGAGUCCGUCCUCUUACAGCGCAGCUCUGUACCCUGGGAAUGGGCCUGUCUUGUCUCACAACUGGGUGAAAACUUCACAGUCUAAAACCUACAGCCAUGAGAUCAUUCUAAACUCAGGUGAGCUGAGUGAGGAUCUCCUGAGACCAGUGCUGGGUUUCUUCCACAGUAUGGCUGCUAUUGCCGCGUCGGACGCGGAAUACGCGCUGCUCACGGCCACCGCUGUCUUCUGCUCAGAUAGGCCAUGUCUGCGUGCCGUCCAGUGUGUGGAGAGCCUGCAGGAGUUCGUCCUGGACCUGCUCUCCAAGGUGUGCCGGAGCGGGCAGGGCGUGUCCGUCGGGCCUUGCCGCUUUGCCCGGCUGCUGGGCCGGCUGACGGAGCUCAGGACACUGUGCCACAACCACCUCACUCUUCUGCCUCAGCAGUCCUGAGACAGGACAGGCCCGGCUGGUCCACCAUCAGUACAUGUGCUCAUAAACGCGCUGAGUAGCAAUUCAGAACCCAGGGAGAUGCCUCCUGUUUAUGGUGGUCUUAGUCACAGAAGCUGACCCCAGUACUCUUACUCCGACAUGCUGUAUGAACACUGGUGUUCUUUGUUACAACGAAACUGCAGCUUAUUUUUGAUAAUACAAUAGUAUAACUCAAUGUACUGUGCUCUUGUACAAACUCAUUUUAUCUUAAGAGUUGCAUGCGUACUUAAAACCUAAUGAUCUGUUUUAAACAAAUCAUAUGCAGUAAAUA